GUAUAAAUGGUAUCAUUUCCAUGAUAUUUAAAAGAAAAUAACUAAGGCCAACAAGGGCAAAAAUAGGUUGAGAGGGGAAAACAACCUUAUGUCCUUAUCUUGUUGUGGGAUGGAGGUGAAGAUGUCACCUCUUAUAAAGGGCUGCAUAAUGUAAUUAGAAAGAAUGAAGCUGAGGUUUUUUUGACACUAGAGGGACAAGAAAAGCUGCAUUUAUCCAUUAGAGGAAGAUGGCAGUAAACAGUUGGCCAAUUGGGAUGCCAAGGGGACCCGUGCUGGCACUUAUCCGUUGUGUAUAGUUGAAGAAAAAGUAAGAUUAAUAUUAUAUGCAGAGAACCAUAUAUGUGAAUGAGAGAGGAAACUGCACUGCAAUUUUUUACCAUAAAAUAGUGUCAUAGAUCACCUUUUUUGGUUGAUGAUGAUAGGCACAUGGGCUGCUGCACUGAAAUACCAGUUUGUUUAGACAUUUUAUAUAAUUCUUUACAUUUUGAUUACUACUGAGACAGUUGUGAGAUAUAUCCUCCCAUAUACUUUGAUCUUCAACUGCACUGCUGUUUCCCCUUUUUCUUUUUUGAUGUUCUUUCUCUGGGAAUUCACUUUUUUUGUAUACAGAGAAGGAAAGGAAAUGGAAAGUAAUAAACAAAUUGGUACUUCUUCCUCAUUCACUGCUCACCUAUUUGGUUCCAAGGAAUCAUCACCAUCGUCAAAAGGGAUUUUCAGUUCCAUUUUCCCACCUCCAUCAAUGGUGGGUGGGAGAAACUCUUCAAGCUCUCAGGUGUUAGAAUCAUGGCCAAAACAGCCUUUAGAAGGAUCAGACUGGAGACAUGGAAUGCAAGCUUCAGUUGCAGAGAGUGCAACAUAUACCAAAGCCAACAAAGACAGUAACUCUGUUUUUCAGGAAGAAAGGAUGGAACCAUUCCAUUUAAGUUCAUCUCUUUACUAUGGAGGCCGAGACAUAUAUGGUUAUUCUUCAAGUACACAAGCUUCUACAUCAUAUCCUAUUUUCAAGAAAGAUGGAGAAGAUGACCCUAAUGGAAGCAAUUCACAAGAUGCUUCUACAGGAAACUGGUGGCAAGGUUCGGUAUAUCAUUAGAGCUAUAUAGCCUUCUAAUGCAUAUGCAUCGUCUGGUCUGAGGAAUUAUCAUAAAAGAAAGAAAAUAAUCAUGGAAGAUAAUAAGUAUAAAUAAGGUUUUGACAUGGACAGCUCCCACGUCACUCCAUCAUAGGCUCUUCCCUGGGAUAAGUUUUGUCUGGCUGAGGAGAGUGGACUAUGUUUAUAUGAUCCUCCCCUCUCUCCCCCUAAUGUGUGAAAGGGCUGAGAAUUGAUAGAUAAGGCUUUCCUUUUCUGAAAGUCGAUAUCUAUUAUUGAGGUAUCCUUUUCAAGUAUUCAUAUGUAAGGAUUGGCCUUUGCUAGAAAAAGAUAUUAAAUGCAAGAUCAGUGAAGUGGAUGUAGAAUAUCUACGUAUUUCCAGAGCAAGAAAAA